AGUAAUUUCCUUUUUUAAAAAUACGAAAAGUAUUGAAGUGGAUAAUUAUUUAAACUUCGUUAUUAUGGAAGAAUUAUUGAACGAAAUUGUCGAAAAAACAGUUGAAAUUGUACAAAAGAAUAGCGGAAGUAUGAAAAUUGAUCUUCAAUCUUUAAAAUCCACACUAAAACAGUCAGCUUUGAAGGAAUUAAAUGAUAAAAGGAAUGAAGACUUAGCAGCAGUUAAUUUUCAGAAGGAACUGAUUCUAAGGCAAGAACGAGAGCACAGGGCGAGAAUUGCAGUAGAGGAUCGAAUAUACUACGGUAAAAAAUGUGGAAAAUUGAUGAGAGAAAUAUGCAAGUUGGAUGUAAAAAGAUGCUCAGAAGCAAUAGUUAAAUUAGAUGAAAGCACCGACACUUCAGUUUUCGCACCAACAUUACAACAUACCGAAUUGAGAGAUAUAGAAAAUCGGAUUUCAGAAAUCAAUAGGAAUUUAACGAUGGCAGAGAGAGAUAAUAAAACGAUGAAGAAAGUGUCAACAAUGGAAAAGUUACUUUGAUAUAGGUUACAUUAGUUUUAUUUGCUAACAUAUAUAAAAUAUAUAUAUAUAU